GCUUCGGCGGGCGGGGAGGCUGAGCCAAGUCCCCCGCAGCGGUGUUGCGCAAAGCGGUGAAUGAGGUGUUCCCAAGGCGGUCCAGAGCUGACUCCAGGUACUAGCCUCACUUCAGGAAUCCGCGGGUGGAGGCGCGAAGCUACGGCAGGAGUGGGCGGCCCGAGAGGAGGGCGACGGCCGCAACCGAAGCACCCUGUCUCAGUGCGUUUUCCUGGAGUUGGCCCUGGUCGUGAGCUGAGGGAGGCCACCUUGGGGUCGGAGGUGGUGGCCCUGGCGUCUGAUCGUGUGUGGACCUCACAGAAAGAUGUAACAGUUUGGAGAAAACCUUCAGAAGAAUUUAGUGGAUAUCUCUACAAAGCCCAAGGUGUCGUAGAUGACACUGUCAAUUGUGUAAUAGACCACCUACGCCCAGGGCCCUGUCGCUUGUAUUGGGACAGCUUAAUGACUUCUUUGGAUAUUUUGGAGCACUUUGAAGAGAAUUGUUGUGUGAUGCGUUACACUACUGCUGGUCAGCUUUGGAAUAUAAUUUCUCCAAGAGAGUUUGUUGAUUUCUCCUACACCGUGGGCUACAAAGAAGGGCUUUUAUCCUGUGGGAUAAGCCUUGACUGGAGUGAAAAGAGAUCAGAAUUUGUUCGCGGAUAUAACCAUCCCUGCGGUUGGUUUUGUGUUCCGCUUAAAGACAGCCCAAACCAGAGUCUUUUGACAGGCUAUAUUCAGACAGAUCUGCGAGGGAUGAUUCCUCAGUCUGCAGUAGACACAGCCAUGGCAAGCACUUUAACAAACUUCUAUGGCGAUCUACGAAAAGCCUUACAAAAGGCGUAACACAUGGAAACCUUUAGUGCCAUGGUCCCCUGAAUCAAUUCUUCCUCCCAGCUGCAUGGCCUGUAAAAAUCAUCUGCUCUUCUCUUCUGCAUAGCCUGUAGACUAUCUGGAGGGUUUUUGGUUUAGUAGUAUGAUAUUGCAUUUUAUUCCUGAAGUAAAUAGUAUGUAAGAGAGAGCAUUUCAGUGUUCUUAAACAGUUAUUUGCACAUUGGUUAUGGCGUUAUGUUUAGGAGUGGAGUAUAAGUACAGAAAUCCACAAAGAAGUGGACCCAAAUGCUUAGGAAAUUGAGUAGUGUCUUAGUAUGUGUAUUUUGGUUGCUUGGAAAUUAGAGAAAGCACAAGCUUCAUGCUGUUAAUUAAAAUCAUCUAUUUUAGAGCUUUAUGAACACUUUAUAAAAUUUUAACUCUUCUGAGAUUAAAUAUAAUGCUUUACUUUUGGUAUGCCCUGUAAGUUUGGCAAUAGCUUGGACAAAAGAAAAAAGCCCUUCUCUGUUUUUUAUAAAGAUGAACUUCAUUGUCAAUUCACUGAGCUACUUUCAGCAUUGAAAAGACCAGAAAUAAGAAUAGAUGUAGUAACAAGUACAAUUUAAGCACAAAUUGGUUUUGAUAUCUAGGUGACAUUCUCUUGUACACACCUUUAAAAACAUAUUUGUGUCUUUAUGUGCAUUUGUGAAUCUUAAAAGCACUGAUGCAUAAAUAUGGCAGUACAAAAAACUGCCAAAUAUGUGCUUGGGGACAUCAUAUUUAAUUGGUCGGUAGUGAAAAUCUGGGUUGUGUGAAAUGGCUGGUAGUAUCAUAUAAUCACCAAUAGAGAGUAAUCUCUCUAGAAAGUCAAAGUCAAUGUUUUAUGCAUGUUUUAGUUUUAAAAAUGUCACUCAUAAAGCAUUACAAAGUAGAUCAUAAAUAUUCACAGUUGUGAUGUAACUUUGGUCUGGAAUAGUAACAAAUACAUCUUUAAACUUAUCCCAAUGUCUCAAGAAGUCAUUUUAUAAUAACUUGAAUAGACUUUAUAGGUCCCAGGGAUCUGUAGCUGCCUUAAAUGAAGAUUCCUAAAUGAAUUUACCUAAUUCUUUGGCUUUCGAACUGUCCACCUAGUUUACUUCUAAAAUGAGAACUUGAGGCAACUCAGUGUGUAUAUGCAAACCUUCAUAUGUAUAUGUUUGUGUACAUGCACACAUCUUAAAGUCCAUUUUGGUGUUCAGUGUUAGUUCUUUAUGUGUUGUUGUCACUCUUUUCUUUUUGGUUAAUAUGGGGUAAAGUGAACCCUGAAAAUACUUACGUGCUAGACAGGCCACAGAAAGCACAAAUACAUACUGAAGGCUUAAUCUCUGUUAGUUUAUUGUAUUUCUCUGAGUAUAAAGAAAAAAUACGUAUAGCUUUUCAGACUCGUUUUGACAAAAUAGACAAGUUGGAGCUGCUCUUUGUUCUUGUUUUUAUUUAUUUUUUGCUAUUGGAGAUGAUGAGAUUUAAAAAACAAGAUGGCAGCACCGCAGAGUUCAUAGUGAAUAAUCUCACAAUUUUUAGGUUGAAAAAUAAUUUAUUUCCGCAUCUGACAGAAAUGAUGUACAAAUGAUCCUGUGUGCUGAACUUGAACCUUAUUAAUCCCUAAUAUCUUUUCUAAACUGACAAUAGUUUGAGUUGCUGAUAGUUUUUUUUGUUCGGCAUUAGAGAAAGAAAACUCAGCAGUUUAGUUUUGUUUCCCCUGGAAAUUGUUAAAUAGUUGACUUCAUCUAUUUUCCUUCAUUUGCUUUUAUUAGUGUAGAGUAAGGAGAUCUUGUAUUCUAGUAUUCUGCCUAGGAUGCUGAAAUACCAGCAGGUGUUCACUUACAUAGUGCUCAGCUUGGGUAAGGGGUUUGUGACAAGACUGUGCAUCACUCUGAGGGCUAUUACUGCCUGAGCUGGGCCCCUAAAGGCACAUGAACUGCCUACUCUCAGCCAUUCUAGUGUUCCUCUGUCCUUAUCAACUCAUACCUCCAAUAAGUGAUUACAUAAUCUACUGCUGACGGUGGACUCAUUGCAGGUAAAAUGACCCUCAUGGGAACGAUUACAUUGCAGUAUAGAACCAUAUGAUAGAGUGAAAAAUUAGAGUUGAGUUACCUGGCAUUUACUGUGUAGCUUCUAGAUGGCCCUUUAGAUCUGCUGGAUCUAGCUGUGCACUUUUUUAAAACAUGGUUUUAUUGAGGUAUAAUUUGCAUACCAUAAAAUUUACCUGUGUUAAGUGUACAAUUCAGUGGUUUGCUUUUUAAAAUUGUGCACCCAUCACCACAAUCCAGCUUUGGAACAUGUCCGUCACCCCAAAAGAUCCCUUUGCCUGUUUGCAGACUCAUAGCUGACCGAAGCUUAGCCCAGGUGCUGGUAAAAAGAGGUAUUAGACUAUUAUGAUCACAAAUAUCAUAUGAAUACAUGGUUGGCUUUAUUUUUAGGAAUAGAAGUAUUCUUUUUUCUAAGCUUAGGAACCUUGUGAUACCAUAGUAUAAAUAGGUUAUCUCAAGUCUGUUGCUUCUACAGUAGUGCUAAAGGAUAGAAAAAUAAUGUGAGCCAUAUAUGUAAUUUAAAAUUUUCCAGCAGCCACAUUAUGAAAAUAAAAAGAAACAGGUGAAGUUAAUUUUAAUAUAUUUUAUUUAACUCAGUAUAACCAAAUUAUUAUUUCAUCAUGUAAUCAAUAUAAAAUCAUAUUGAUUGAGAUAGUUUACAUUAGUUUCUGUACGAAUUCUUUGAAAUCUGGUGUAUAUUUUGCUGGUUGGGGCUAGCCACAUUUUAGGUACUCAGCCACAUGAGACCAGCAGCUACUAUAUAGAAUAGCACAGUUCUGUAGUAUAUCUAUUAAUUUGUCUUGUUAUAAUAUGAAGGAGAAAAUUUCAUGGAAUUACUAGCUUAAAUAAAAAUCUUUCCUGGUCCCCGGAGUCUUUAAAAAAAAUUCUUGCUAAAUGGAACCCGUGAAUGUUGGAAAUAAAUCAGUUAGUAGUUGUUAAAAAAAAUCAAAAUUAUAGCCAAGAAAUAUUUUCCUUUAGAGAUAGUUAACUUUUCUUAGGGCAUUUGAUAAAAUGAAGAGAAUAUAAUCUGCCUCGUUAUAUGGUUGAUCAUUUCUGAAGCUUAUAGCUAACUCGUAUUAGAAAAUUUAUGUAGGAAAUAACUUGGUAUAUAGUACUAUUUCCAGUACAUUUUUUUUAAAAAGAAAAUAGGCUUUAUACAAGAAAAAAAUUUAUUAUAAGUGACAUUUUUGCAUGAAAUAUUAGUUCUUAUUGAUUAACCUUUGAUUAACUUUUGAUUAACCCUUGAAGUUCAGCACAGUAUUCAGCAAAAAUAAUGAUGAGAAUUUAGUGUUCUUCAGUUAUUUAUAAUAUAAACUGCUAGAGUAUUAGAUUAUAAUUGUUAAAAAUCUCUUCAUUUCAUUGUUCAUUGAGACUGGACAUCUUUGAAAUUGCAGAUGUCUUAUGUGUAAAGUUGUCUCCCUGUUAAUAAAACUUUCUUUCUUUUUCUCCUUUCCCCUUCUCUGUUUUCUAACUGAAGAGCAGUUUAUCAGCACUCAGGUUGAAUUAAAUUAGCACCACAAGCUAGAAACUCUGUAAUUGAGGUUACCUCUGAAGUAGAUAGGAAAACAUUGCACAAUUUAAGCCCCAGUUGUCUGUUCAGUUUUUACAUAUGAGUAAUUUUCUUUGAUAAAAAUUUUGCCUGUUUACUCAAGAGCAUACUAACCUCCUGAGAAUCAGUUCUUAAAAUCCAGUUUCUUUCGAUUAAAUGGACACUGUAGCUGUCCCAGACUUUCAGGUAAAUUAACUGAAUCCAGAGAAGUAAGUGACUUGACCAGGCUUCCGUUAGAAUGUGUGUCGUGUGAUUAUGUGUCUGGUGUGUCUCUCAUGCCUCUUACUCAGCUUCUAGAAGCGGGGGAUGGUGGGACCUGAGCAUAGAAGAACAUUAAUCCUAGAGCACAGGAAGUUGGAAUUAUAGUUUUUUAAAUUCAUUUUGUUGUUUCCAAAGAUUUUACAUGUAUAGUUAAAUAAAAAUUUAUCUCUUGGAUUUCAGGAAAAGCUGUAAUAUAAACAGUUUAUUUUAAAAGAAGUUUGUAAUUGUUUUAUGAGUCAUAUAAAACUAGAAUAUUUAUUAAACUAAUGUGUAUUUAUUUUGAAUUGCUAUCAAGUAUAUCACAAUAAAAUUUUCUAGACACUCAUUGAUUGUUGAUGUUGUCUGUGUAAAUUGCUUUAACCUUAAGUGCUGAUUAAUAAUUAAUUUCAUAUACCUGAAUUCAAAGUAUGUAAUUUAACUUCCUGAACUCCUACAAAACAAAAAUAUAAAAUGGAAAAUAAAGAUUAACAAAGCACAUGCGAAUUUCCUACAAAUGUCUCAUAUGAGCCAUAAUUCUGCUAUUAUGUAGCCAAGACUACAAUGACUGUAUUGUGUUCUUAUUACAGUAGCAUACGGACAGAGUUUAUUGUACAUGUAUUUAAAUAACUGUGUUAAUGUGGUUAGGAAUUGUGGUCUUAGUUUAAAGUUGUAAAACGCUGGAAAAAUUACUAGGAAUCCUUUCAUCUAUGUUAUAAGAAAGCAGUUAGGGAGCCCUGGUGGUGCAGUGAUUAAACACUUGGCUGCUAACCUUAGGGUCGACCAUUUGAACUCACCAGCCGCUCCGCAGGAGAAAGAUGUGACAGUCUGCUUCCAUAAAGAUGACAGCCUUGGAAACCCUGUGGGAUAGGUCUACUCUGUCCUAUAGGAUAGCUAUGAGUCAGAAUCAACUCAGUGGCAGCGGGUAUAAGAAAGCAGUUAGGGGUGCUGUGGGCUAUAAUAGAAGAUACAACUAAUAAGUGGCUUAAACAAAUACGGAGUUAUUUUUCUCAUUUAAUGACUAGGUGGAUAUAGGUAAUUGUUAGUGAUUGUCAGCUGAGGAUGUCAGGGCCAACAUUUCCACAGCUCUCUUGAUCUUGCCCCCAUAGGGAAGAGUGACGGACUAAUCCAGGGAAUCACAUAAGCAUUCAAGUCAAGAAGUAGGGGAAGGUAUGGCACCACUCAUCUGUGUCUUUAAUCAGGAAAGAAAAAACUCCCAGAAGCCCUUACUAGCCUUCACGAUAUUUUGAAUCAUGUGACUACCACUAGGUGUAAAACCUAAAAACCAAACCCAUUGCUGUCAAGUCGAUUCCAACUCAGUGACCCUAUAGGACAGAGUAGAAUUGCCCCAUAGGAUUUUCAAGGAGCGGCUGGUGGAUUUGAACUGCCAACAUUUUGGUUAGCAGGCAAGCUCUUAACUACUGUACAACUAGGCCUCCCUAGAUAUGAAGGUGGCUGAGGAAGCAAGCCUGAGGAUUUCUAGCCUCUUGGGGAAGGUUAGGAGUGACUCUGGAUGACCAACCAGCAGCAUCUCCCACUGGAUCAGCUUUGGGAGGUGUGCUGUAACAUCUUUAUCCCUUGAGUUUUUGCUUUUGAUUUUUUGGGUUUAAUCCUACAGGUUUGUGUGUGUGUGUGUGUACACGUAAAAAGCCUAGGAAAGAUAACCUGUUUGGUCAAAUUGAAGUCCAUCUCCUUUAUUACCUAAAUAAAAUUCAGAAAUUAUUGGCCAGAAAAUAAAGGCUCAGAGGAAGAGAAAUGCAUGGUUUUCCCAGAUGCCAGUGAGACCUCUGAUAGAGGCUCUUUCAGCUGUCAUAUAGUUAAGUGAUGGCCUUCCAAAAAAAUGAAAAUAGCAAAGCAGUCGUUCGGUCUUGUCAAGAACAUUUAUUGGGCACUUUCUACAUGGCAGAUGCUACAUGGCUUACCUUAGUUGAGGUAAUGAGAUGAUGGAGCCUUCCCUUGGGUGUUGUAAAUUAAUGGUUGGUGUCAUGUGGCAUCCAGCAUGAAAAUGUAUUGCCACUGUCCUGUUCCUCUAGAACAAAGGGUCCACUAUGGAUGAGGGCUUCUGUAGCCAGGCCAUGACAGAAAAUUGCUGAAAAAUGUGAAUUGCAAAUGUAUUCCAGGAGAUGAAGUAUAAAGCGGGCCCAUACUACUUUUAUCAGCUGAAUAGGUGAUUAGUAGAUUGCGGUAUUCUGAUAGAAAUAAUGGAGAAAGCAGAGUGUGUGAGUACCAAGAUAGGCGUUUACUCAUUCUUUCUCUAUGGAUGAUGUUCUGUUUCAUAAGCUUUAACCUUUCUGCUUAAUAUUUUGCUUUGGUGACAUCCUUUUAGUAAAGGCUGGGUGAUUUUUAUUUUAAAAAGUACUUCAGAGACUGUACAACCAGAUUGAGAUAAUAAGACAUGUUUUGUAAAGCCAGAAAUUGACCUGGAGAUGGGAAGCUUUGUUUUUCUCUAGAUUUUUCUGUUUCUUCAAUAGACAAGCCAUUGUCUAGGAUAAGCUUUUCUUCUCAACAAAGUGAGGGUUUUAACCUUAAUGGCUGUUAACGGCAAGCUGCCCUUCUGAUGAUAAGCCCAGCGCUCAAAUUAUCUUCCCCUCAAAUACUUCACAAAAAUGUUUUCUAAUUGAUUGAGUGGCCAAGCUCAAGAAAGACUUUCAGAUCUCUUUCCGAAUCAUAUUGCCUGCCAACUAUCAGCUGCUUCGUAGGAGUGAAAAUGCAGAAUUUUUCCUCCCAAUCUCUUGGAGUGAUGACUGAAUAUCAUUUGGCUCAAUGAUUUCACAUUAGAAUUAUUUCCUUCAGAUUGAUUUGCCGAAACACAGAGAAAAAAAAAAAAAGAUUAUUACGUAGAUACAAUAAGUGCUUCUGAAAAUUAUGCAAACAUGCUUGUGCUAUAAUGUAUCAUACAAAAAGGUUUCCAACAUGAUUGCAAAUUGGUAAGAAAAAACCAUUCUAGAAAGAAAAAAGGACUUUAUAUGUAAAAGGCGUUAUGGUAAUCUGCUUUUCUGUAUUUUCAAAUCUUUAUAAAGAAAAGUCAGUUUUUAUAUGAAUUAUUGAGAUUAAAUUGUGUCCAGUGAAUUGACUUUCCAGGGGUGAGAGCACUGGGCAAGGAGAUGGGCAACAAGGGUCUGUUCCUUUCUCAGCCACUGCGACCUCAGGUAAGCUGUAACCUCUCUGGGUGUCAAUUUUCUCAUCAAUAAAAUGAGCUAGUUGGACUACAGGAUUGCUAAAGCCCGCUUUUAAAUAAUAAUUUUAUAAUUUUGCGCUAUCAGAAAUAAAUAUUUGGGUGCUUCCAUAUUAAAAAGCUCUGCAGAACACAAGCUAUAAUUUCAUCUGAAAGAGGGAGAAAACCCUCAAGGAAUGAUCCUAUUUCAGGUGUAAGGAAAAUCUCCAUUGUGUCUCUCUUCAAUUAUGGUAAUAUUUCAAGUCACAGAAUGCAAAGCUUUGGUGGGCUCUUAGGUGAUUUAUUAUCAAAGUGUAUAUGCAGAUUGCAGAUUUCUCAGCUGCAAGGUAUAGGUUUCUGCUGACAUUUUUUGACACGUCUGAGUGAACUUACUCAAAGUAACGUUUGCCCUCACUAAGGUAGAUUUCAACAAUUUGUCUACCAACAUCCAUUUUCCUUUAUGUCACAUAUCCUAAAUGUUCCUGGGAAACAUCAAAAAAUGAGCAUCUUUAAUCUUUUAGUCAGAUUGUUCAACCUGAGUCUGAGGGGAAGCCACAGUGAGCUUUCACGGAGUUGGCGCAGGGCUUUGGACAGGUGAUAGAGCCGAUGACAGCUGUGCCCACCUCCAGGACAUGGCAAUGGAGUGGUCAGUCAACACAUUGAAGAAUAUGGUAUCUCAACCAAAAGCAAAUGGGCAUGAUUUUGAUGAAUUCUCUACAAACAUUUUCUGUAUUUACAUUAAUGGCCAGGUCAGAUUUAUGUGUGUACCCCCCAAAUACUGUAAUAUGUCUGUAUUAAAAAGUCAAUAGCACCAUUCUGACAGCUUUUAAAAAUGAAGGUUCACAGUUCCUUUUCAAUGCUUUUCAAAUUGAGAAGUAGCCUCUAAUCUUGGAUGUGUAAAUGAAAAUAUUUAUACUUUUUCUUUGCCCUGCAAAUCCUACAUGCUCUUGAUUUUUUGGCUAAUGGUGUACAACCUAAACUACCGGAGAUGUAGGUUUUCUGUAUGUAAUGGUAUCAUUCAUCUAAUUCUCCAUGCUGCUGUUGAACUCUUCAUGUACCUUUAGUCCAGAAAGCUUUAGAAAACCCAGGAAUACAAAUUUGCCCUCUAGGAAAGACUAGAAAAGAGAUACCAGAUAAUGUCACAUAAACCCAGAAAACCUUAGUAGGAAGUUUUCCUUUCUCAGUGCCUGCUAACCUGUAUUUUCUGUACUUUCACAGUGUCUGCUUCUCUGCUGCUCUUUCAUCACUCAGAUGAUGGUCAGUCUUUGUUCCAUUCUCUCCUUCAUCUCAUUUACCCUGAGGAAUAAUGUAGCCAUUCAGUUAUCAUAGAUGUGGACUACAAGCAAAGUAGUUUGAAACUAAAAUUCCAUCUUCUGUAGUCUGAUUCUAAUUGGUAAAUAUUUCCAAAAAAAUAAGUUUCUUGAAGAUGGAUGUAAAAAUAUUGCCUACAAUGAGAAAUAUAAAAAGAAUUUCUAAAAGGGUAUGUAAAAGGGCAAAGGGGAGAGAUGAAGAAGAAGUGACUUGACAGGACCAGUGUGAUGCUUGGGGAAAGCAGUUCUGAUCAUUUGCAAUUUCAUUGUCUGAGACAUAGCUUUGUACAGGUUAUCUUUUGAAGCCUAAGCUUUCAGGUAUAAUUCUAUCUCAAAUUCUGUGGAGAUUGCCCUUUUAGGGCAAAAAACUCAAAAGGUUGAAACAGUUAUGACAGCAGUAACCUUGACUUGGGCCUCCAUUGGCAAAGAUGGUUACUUAGGUGAUUUUCUGUUGUCAGAGUUAUUCAGAAAUUGGAGUUUUGCAAAACUUACUCAGGAAAUCAUUGUGAUCAUUUCCUCUGCUUUGUCAGUGGAGACUUAGCCAUGCACUUUUUGCUUUUAGUGACAAGCAUUGCUUCAACUAAUGACUUCCAAAAAUGUUUUGAUGUGUUGGAUGGUUUUCAUUCUGCUUAUGGAUGCUCCAAGUUAGCCAAGUGUGUAGGAGAUCACAGAGGGUUAGAUGUCCUGAGAAGAAAGGCUGUCCAUGUGUCUAUCCAGAGCAAGGAGGUCUGUAUAAUUCAACUUUGCACAAAACCUUGGACUCCUUGCAUUCUUGGCAACACUGCCCUGUGGAUUUCAGACUUUCACAUCUAGUAGUUUCUUCACCACUUUUCCUUGCUUUUCUCCGGUCUGUCUACACACAGGUCAUUUCUCAGCCAGACGUGCCCCUCUCUCCUACCUAAUUGUAACAAUUCUCUCCACCUUUCCAGCCUAGCCUGUGUUUCCGUGAAGCUUUCCUUGAUCAUGCCAGGCAGAAGGAACUUUUCUUUCUCUCUGUCCCUAGCACAGGCUGUGUUUGUGCACCUGCCUAUGUUCUCCAAUUACAGUGCUGACCCCUGGAAGGCAGCACUGGGUUUAAUUCACCCCUGCCUCAUCCACGACACAUAAUAGGUGAAGUUUGCUGAAAAAAUGAGUCCACAGAAUGGACUCGUCCUGGGAAACUUCAAAAUUAGCAAAUAAUUUCCUUAAACUGUGCUUGCCAUGUAGGUCUAUUAUCUAUUACCUAUUUAACUUAUUGUUCAGGGAGGAAAGUUGAUCUAAUGACUUUGGUCUAUUUAUUUAGAAUGGAUUUCAGUCCACCAAUGACUAACUUCAAAUUCUGAGCAAUCAAGAGAAUGGGGCAGGCGGGACUAUGGAAUCCAAGUCGACAUUUUGUCAUCUUUUCCCCCUCCCAUUCCGGUAGUCUCCCCACUGCACACACAAACCCUAAGGAGCUGACAGGCAGUUCAUCUCUUUUUUGCCUGAGUUCUAUAAUGGAUCCAGGUAGCUACAUCAUAUUCACUAAUUGCUGCAACAGUUUAAAGAAGACUGCAUAUUAUCUAGAGUCAUGAUAUAAUUUUAGGCAUUCCUAAUAAUAAGGUGACAAUGGGUUUUCUACUGAAUAUUUCAUUUGUAACCUUUUGGCUAAAUGUUCAGAGUCCAACUGAAAUACAACGGUCAUGAAUGUCUAUGUUUCUCUCAAUAUCCGGGUCACCCGCUUCCCUUUAGGCAGAUAUUUUGGAAUGAAUAUGACAGAAAUAAACUAAGAGAAGGGCCGUUCUUGUAUUUCUAAGUAUGUAAAAAAAAAAAAAAGUACAGGAAAACAUUUACUCAAGGCCCCCUCUUGAGUAAAGCAUGUAGAUUGGAAGGCUUUUUUACAUAGAAGAGUUGGCUCUUUUGUUCCCUGAGCUGUUGGUGAGCAAGUCAUUGUCACGGAAUGCCACAUAAUAAAGCAUGUUAUUUUCUAAAAGUGAUUAAAUGAAAACCUAAUUGAUAUCAAUUACUUGAGAAUAUGUGGAAGGAUUCAGAACCUCUGAGUUCUUAUUUCUUAGCUUACUAAGUAACAGCUGCAGAUAGGUUGACUUAAAUGUGAGCAAUGAAUGACCAGUGUAAGAUGUUAUUCACAUGAUUUUAAAUAUAAGGAUCAAAUUACUAAAACAUGCUCAACAUGCUGCAAACCUUUUUAAUUCCUCCUUCCUGACCAAGCCGAUUCUUGCUCUAAAUUUCUUUUUUCAGGAAUGAUGCAAUUUUGAAUGUUUAGUUCUGUAGGGAACUUUCAGGGGGCAGUGGUGGUUCAGUGGUAGAACUCUCGUCUCUCAUGUGAGAGACCCAGUUUCCAUUACUGGCCAAUGUACCUCAAGUGCAGCCACCACCCUUUGUCAGUAGUGAUUUACACGUUGCUGUGAUGCUAAAGGAAACCCCGGUGGCAUAGUGGUUAAGUGCUAUGGCUGCUAACCAAAGGGACGGCAGUUCGAAUCCUCCAGGUGCUCCUUGGAAACUCUAGGGGGCAGUUCUACUCUGUCUUAUAGGGUCGCUAUGAGUCAGAAUCGAUGGCACUGGGCUUGGGCUUGAUGAUACUGAACAGAGCCCUGGUCACAAGUAGUUAAGAGCUCAGGCUGCUAACUAAAAGGUCAGCAGUUCAAAUCCACCAUCCACUCCCUGGAAACCCUCCAUGGCAGUGGGUUUGGUUUGGUUUUGCAAGAUGCUAAACAGGUUUCAGCAGAGCUUCCAGACUAAGACAGACUAGGAAGAAAGGCGUGGUGAACUACUUCCAAAAAACCAGCCAGUGAAAACCCUGUCAAUCACCAUGGUUCAAUCCUAUUGUGCACAGGGCUUCUAUGAGUCAGGGGUGACUAUGGCAGCUAACAACAGAGAACUUUCUCUGUUACGUUAUGCUUGUAGCACAAGUAUCAUUGUGAGAGCAUGUGCAACAUGAAACAAAACUUCCUAACUUCCUAAGAAGUGACUGGAAAUAAGAGCCUUAAGAUAAGGAGAAGAAACAUGGAACAUGAGAAUCUGUAUUCCUAGAGGUCACCAGAAAGGCAUGGGGCACUAUGUAAAACCAGGACCAAGUUUUUUCUGUAAAGGGCUUGAUAAACAUUUUGGGCUUUGCAGGCCACAUGGUCUCUAUAGCAACUAUUCAAUCUGCUCUGGUAGUGUGAAAGCUGCCACAGACAAUAUAUAAACAAAUGAGCGUGGCUGUGUUCCAAUAAAACUUUAUUUAUAAAAACAGGCCUCUAGUUGGAUUUGGUCUGUGACCCAUAGUCUGCUGGACUCUUGAAAACAAUUCUUUAGAGAUUUAAAUUUAGUUCCAUGGGGAAUUGUAUGGCAAACAAACAGACAAACAAAAAAAGCCAACAUAAGUUUUAUAUGUGUAUCUCAAUUAAAGACCAGAGAUAAAAGAAUGAUUAGCAUUCGGAUAAGAGUAUAAACAUUACCCUAACUCAUUUACUAAUUAAUCCCUUUUGCUUGAUAAUGCUUAGUUCAUUGGGCAUAAAGAAUUGCUUAAACCCAUAAAUCUCCUGUUCCAACUCAAAGCCCUCGGUUUUCAAAGAAAUGAAACACGUAACACUCAGAAGAUUGCCUUGACAAACAAAAAGUGUAAAUAAAAUCAUAAAUCAUGAAUGUGCUAUUUGUACACUGUGCUACUGAACACUUGCUGUAUUGUAGGCACUGAAAAUAGGACAGGUUGAAAAGGGGCAGUUAUGAGGUGACAGUUUUCAAUUUAUAGUCACAGUUGUAUCCUUUACAAAAACAGAUUAACUACUACACAAAUACCAAAGAAAGGAUAAAGGACGGACAAACCUAAUACACUUUUAUCAGCCACCACCGAUUGUAAGAAUUGUGAAAAACCUUAGGAAAAGCAACAGCUUUCAAAAUUUCUAAUGAGAAAUCAACUGUAUUUGAGUAGCCUGAAAUAAUCUUUCAAAAAAUAAAGGUUAUUGUUUAAUCUGAAGAUUAAAUACCUGUCAUUUUUAACACAAUGAGUCACAGCAAAGAUUACAUGGAUAUUAGUACUCUAUAUGGGUUUUCCAGGUCAAUCUUCAAAAUGCACUGAAAAUAACUAGUUAGAAGAAUACUGUGAUUUUGCAGUCUUAGCAUGACUGUUUAGAGUUUCAGACUGAAUUUUCGGUUACUGAGGAUCCCACAUUUCUCCAGUCUGGGACUUUAGAGGAUCUCAUAGCCAUAGAUGGUGAGCAAGAUGGCCGAAGGAACAAAUAAACAUUGAUCUGGGACAAGUGGUAGCAAACCAAGAACAAAAGAUUGGUGGAAUCCCAUUUUUGCCAUUACCGAACAACAGCAUUAUGCCAAUAUUCAAGCAACAUCACUUUCAAUAAGAGCAUGGGAAGAGUUUUUCUCCCAUUUGAGCUCCACCAGGUCAACCAGUUCUUCUCUACAGUAGUAUCUGAUUCCUGGCAAGGAGUCAGAUGUUCCCACUUUGAUGUCAGGGCUUCCAUCUUGCUCUAGGUGGACGUCUGCUCCAGAUGACAGGGAUAUCAGGAAGCGGACUGAGUCUGGCAAGAGAGCUAGAUCACGCAAUUAAAUCCUUCUAGAGUAAAUCACAGAGUAUUUAUGAAAAUUGGAAUUUUAAACAACCAGACAUAAAAUAUUUAAUCAUUUGUUAUUGCUCUCCACAAAGAGUAUAUAAACGGGUGAGGUGAUAGCUGCAGGAGUAAUAAUGACAAAAACUGGUCCUGAACAGAUCAAAACAUAGAAAGUAGAAAUACUGAACUAAGUUACCAUGGAUGGGUAACUAAUAUCUCCUAAGAAGUCUCUUGAAUUACUUUUCCCUAUUUGUCAAGGGGCCAGAAUCUCACCUUGGGUUGUUUCAGGGCAAUAAAAAGACUUUGGGGAAAAAAAUGUUAUAGGAAACUAUUGGGUACAUUUCUGCUUCUCAUGUGGCUCUGAAUAUUAUAAUACUGAUAGAAUUUUAAUUUUUAAACAUUUGUUUAAAAAAAAACACCGAAGACACACAUAACAUCUAACCAUUAAGCAAUGUUUAACCAGCAAAUGCUCAAAAGUUAGCAAUGACCCUGAUUAGGAACAUUUCAGUGGUGAUGUUUAAGGAAACUGGAAUAUGAUCUAAGUAAGAGGCAGUAACUACAAGGAUAUUACAAAUUUUAUCAUGUAGGUAAAUGUCUGGAAACUUUGAACAGUUUAAGGAGAACCUAGAUACCAGACUGAAUAAUUACUCUGAAUGACAUAUAAAUCACAUACAGGCAUUGUAAUUAUGUAACUGACUGUGCUUAGUACAUUUAUGUCAAUUAUCCAUGGAGUCAACUUCAUUAAGAAAAACCUAGUACUGAUUCACUUUGUUGACUUUUAUUUUUUCCAUUCACUUUGCAAGAAUAGUCCUAAAACAGAAUAAAUUGUUUCCUAAUUUUAUCCUUGCCUUUACUGGCAUUUGCUUCUCAUUUUCCAAUCUGAAAUACAACCAGCUGCUUCUGUUCAAUAAAAACUUUGAAUUGUGAAACAAAAUGGUUCUCCAAAUCUUCAACCUGUAGGCAAUCCACCGUCAGUUACCUUGCAUGUUAAUCUGGAAAUAGGGAAACAUCCUAAAUUACCAGAUAUGUUUAAAAGAUUGUGUAAUUGAGGUCACAAUAAAAGGCAAACUGCUCCUUUCUUUUUAGAUCCACCACUAAAAAUAACUAUAGAAUCUUGAGUAUUAUUCUGAAAUAGCAGUAGGUAAGAACAUUUUUUUUUUUAAGAACAUUCCAAAAGUCUGUGUGUAAUGGCAGUGUCAAUUAAACCCUUCUAAGGAAAUGUAAAAAAUACUAGCUGACUGUCCUAGUCCCAUUUUUGGAGUAACUGGAAUGACAUCACCAUCAUCAUAUAGUCAUCAUCAGGUAAAUUUGGCAUGGUUCAGCAGAUUUCUAGGACAUGUCACCUUCUGACACGUGGGCGGGGUCCAGCUUAGUCCAGGCCUACAAAUGCUAUUAAGAUUCUGUGUGCAGUCUGUCCUGAGGGAACACACAGUACAUCCACAGUUGAUUGUGAUAAGCAACAAAUGAUUGGCUCCAUGGUAGUACUCAGGAGACUCUAGCCUGUAGUCCAGAGUCCAGGGCCCAAAGUGGGAUUAGGAGGGACUGUAGCCAAUAGGCAAUUUAGCAAAGUUCAGAAAAUUGUUCUUCAAAAGCCAUGCUGGGAAACACACCUCCUCUGAAGCACAUGAAUUAGCUGAAGUAGCAAAUACACUUUUUUUUUUUCUUAUUUUAAUCUAUGACAUUUCUGAAACAUUUUCUUUUUGGCUUCAACUGAAUCAUCAAUUUGGAAAACUGAGGCAGCUUAAAUAGAAGCAUAGAAAUUCCAGUGUCACAUUGAUUAAAAUAAAAAGUACUCUAGACCAGUGCUGUUCAAUACACUAGCCACAUGUGGCUAUUGAGCACUUGACAUACUGAAGAUGUAAAGUACAUUCCAGAUUUUGAAAAAUUUGUAUAAAAAUAAAGAAUGUAAAAUAUCAUUGACUACGUGUUAAUAUAAUAAUUUAGCUAUAUUGGAUUAAAAAUAUAUUACUAUAAUUAAUCUCACCUGUUUUCUACUUUUUCAAAUGUAGCUAAUAGAAAAUUUAAAAUUACCUGUGUGGCUUGAAUUAUAUUAGACAGCACUCGUUCUAGACUAUAAGUAUUACAACCAUAUUAUUCUGAUCUACACUCUAUUCAUGUAUCUGUAGGACAAAUGAACUCUUACGGUUUGAGAAAAACCAUUGGAAUUCCAAAUUCAACUUUUUAAAUGAAGGAAAUUAUUCAAGAUUUUCCUUCUUCAUGGUAAAUGAGUCUAGUUUAUGUUAUGUACCUGACCUUACCUCAAAAGGAAAGCCAAUAAUGUAGUGUGGUAACUGUCAGCUCUAAAAUGCUAACUGUUCUUUAUUGUUCUUUGUUGAAACUUCUUUAAUUAUCUUGCUUUGUGAUUAUAUUGUCACUUGGGGUAACGUUACAAAGCAGUUUGUCAAAUUAAGACUUGACCUGCCACAGUAGGUAUUGGCCUAAGUAAUCUGUGAUAGAUAGCAGAUCCCAUUUCAGCAAGCAAUAGAAAUGUUGGCUGUGCUUUUAAAAAUGUUGACAUAAUUUAUCCUGAUUUUUUUUUUUAGGUUGUAUUUAUAUGAAAUCUAAGGAAAUCAUUUUUUUGACUGAAAUAACUAAUUUUUGUGAAUCAGUUUGGACUCCCCCCCCCCCCCAAUGAAUUGCCUAAGUUACUAUUUAGGCAUUAUCAGGACUUCAAAUAUGAUUCGAAAU